AUGCUGGGCUGGGAGGACCUGCUGUCGCUGAAGGGCCUCCUCUCGGUCCUGUGCGUGGUGGUACCGGUGGCCCUCGCGGCGCUCGGCAGGCUGCUGGCGUACGACGACGAGGGCACCGAGUCGGACGAGGCCGAGAGGGCUUUCUGGGCCAAGUUCGACGAGCCGGCCCCGCCGGUGCAGGUCCCGGGUGAGGAGCAGCCCUUCGCCCGGGGCGAGCGCGCCGAGCCGCUCCAGGAGAAGAUCGCGGGCUCGGUCGGCGACUUCCCCGACAGGGUCCCGGCGGACGGGGUCUUCACCGCGGAGGCCCUGGCGGCCUGGGACGGGGUGACCCUCCCGAUGUGCUUCGGGCUCUGUGGUAGUGUCUACGACGUGUCGAGCAGCGACAAUUUCAUCCCCGGGUUCGGCUACGGCAAGCUGUGGGCCGGCAAGGACGGCACGUACGGGCUCGGAAGGAACAGGCUACUGGCGGACGACGCCAACACGUUCAGCUGGAGCCUCGAGGACUUCUCGGAAGAGGAGCGGCACACACUGGCGGCCUGGCACAAACACUUCAGUGGCAGGUACCCUGUGGUCGGGACCCUGAAGGAGUAUGAGGGCCGGGACUGGAGCGCAGCGAACUCCCGCGCCUGGCGCUCCACGCUGCACGUGGCGGACGACGGCGGCGGCGCGGGCGCAGGGCUGGGCGGCGGGAUGACCUCGUUCACCCCGGAGGAGUACGGCCCUGGGGCGCGUUGCAUCGACACACUGCUGCCCUUUCAGGUUAGCGUGUCGUUCCCUGUAGACAGCACGGGCAUCUUGCAGGCCAUGGAGGUCACCCUGUCGCAGGAGCUCCACGACUGCCCACUCACGCUCAGGGUGAGCGACUACGCCGUGGGCGAGGGUCGUGACGGCCUCGCCGAAUUGACAACGGCGCUCGCGGAAGGACGCAUGGCACCCGUGAUCAGCUACUGGAAAUCCGAGGACCUCCUCCGACAUGGGCUGGCUGGACGGCGGCCCGUGCGACAACGACGACAUGGAGUGCGGGGAGUCCGUGAGGUUCUUCGGCUUCUCCGUCUCCCCCGCCGGCGAGCGGCCCGCGGCCGCCGGGGACCCGGGCGACGCGGCGCGGCCCAGCGGUGAGGACGCGGCGGAGGCCCCGCCGGCGCCUCCGGCGGACCCCGCCGACGAGCCCCCUGCCGCCGCUCCGCCGCCGCCGGCCGCCAGCGACGCGG